AUGAUUAACCCAUAUAAGAUCAACUCUGGAUCCUCGCAGUUUCAACAUGUUGGCAAGGUGUCUUCUCUAAAUGGAAAAGUUCAGAAAAUCCACGAUUCAAACUUCAAUAAGGGUUUGUCUCAAGGUAAGCGCUCAAAUCCUCCUGCCGUUGUGAAGACGUCUAUGAAAGCAACGGGACGUCACGACGCCCAGCGUGGCUAUAAUCUCAAUUUUGCAAUGUGGUUUACUGAUCCAGACAAAGGAUCCUAUAUCUCUAUAGCUUUCGGAAAACCGAUCAACGUUACAGGGAUUAUGUUUCUCACUGGCGUUCCUCCAGCUCCUGAAGAUAAGCUUGGACCAGAAACCAUCGUCAUUGCUACUGUAGGAGAGCGGAAAAUAAGUUUGGGACACUUCUCUCCCGAUGGCGAUUUCCUGUUCCGCUCCAGGGGGACAAACAUCAGCGAGUUGCUGAUAAGUAUAACUAGCAAUAUCAGGCAUUGGGUUGUCAUAGAUCAUAUCAUAAUAGAUACUAUUUCCGAAUCCAAUUCCACAUUCACAAAUUAG